UUAACAUGUAUUAGUUUAGACGAUUGAAUAAAGUCAAAGAAUAUACACAAAGCAUGUGAUAAAUUUACUAAAAAAAUGAUUUCUUAUAUUUGCAUAAACUGUGGUCACGGUGUGAAAGAAUUGUCCAAAAAAUACAGCCAAUCCGUUUUGAAAAUUUGCACUUGUCCCGAAUGUUCACAAAUUGCUGACAAAUACAUUGAAUAUGACACUGUGAUUAUUUUGAUAGAUUUAAUUUUAUUGAGCAAGCCUGCUUACAGGCACAUAUUGUACAACACUACAUUUCAGAAUUACUGGAAAAUUGCACUUUUGGUCGUCAUAAUGGAAGCUUAUACAGAGUGGGCGAUGUCUAACACAAGCCAAAAAGAAAACUUUAUAGAGGAUAGUGAUUUUUACAUAAAUUGCAUUCAUGUUAUAAUAGGUACUAUCUUGUUCAUGAUAAUAGCAUAUUUUGUUCAUAAUAUGGUAAAUAUUGUGCAACCCAAAAAUAUUGUUCAAAAAGUUUCUUAUAGAGUAGGCAUUUCAUGGAUGUGGAAAUCGUUAACUCUAUCAAGUUUUGGAAAAUUUCUAAUGCUUCCGUCUUUAAUUUGGGGUGACAAUAGUGUUACAAAAAUACAUUGGCUUCUUGUAUUUGGAUAUACUACAAUAUCACAAUUACUAGUUUAUUCAGUUAUUUCAGGGCAGUCGAGGUCAAAAUCAAUGUUAGUCAUAUUUCUGGCAUUAAUAGGAAAGUUAUAUGCAAUGUCAAUACUAAAGCAACAUGUAACGGAAGAUAUAUUUUCAUUUCUUGCUUUAUAG